CUUUGGCGACAGUUCUUCAUGGCAGGAAAAAAAAAGCUAAUGGAAGUGACUUAAAUUGUGUCUUGCUUGAGUGGGUACCUCUUGGUGCAUGAAGAGGAGGAGCAGGUAUCUCUCACCAGCUUGCUGAACAUGCUUUUGUCAUUUACUGGGAAAAUAGCAGGUUUUAUGCUAAGCAGUUAAAGUGAUUCCCUGGGGUUGAAGGUUCCAGCUCCAGGAUCUCAGGAAGCUGCUGCAAUGUCGUCGCCCGGCAGCGAUUGCCCCCACUUGGAAUCAGUUGGGGAGAUAACAAAAGAGGAACUGAUCCAGAAAUCCCAUGGCACUUGCCAGGACUGUAAAGUCAGAGGACCCAACCUUUGGGCAUGUUUAGAGAACAGAUGCACCUACGUUGGCUGUGGUGAAUCCCACGUGGAUCACAGUACCACCCAUUCCCAGGAGACAAAACACUGUCUAACUGUCAACCUCACCACACUCCGUGUUUGGUGUUAUGCCUGCAGUAAGGAGGUGUUCCUGGAUAGAAAACUGGGAUCUCAUUCUCCACUGCCAAGUGCAAGAUUGUCUCACCAAGCACAAGAAAACAGCGUGCAGGAUUUUAAAAUACCUGGUAAUCCCACACUGAAGAUUCCACUAGCAGCUGUAUUUGAUGACUUAGAUAUAGAAGUGGAAGAGGAUGAACUGAAGACUAGAGGUCUAACAGGAUUAAAAAAUAUUGGAAACACUUGUUACAUGAAUGCAGCUUUACAAGCUCUUUCCAACUGCCCACCUUUGACACACUUUUUUCUUGACUGUGGAGGCUUAGCCAGGACAGAUAAGAAACCAGCAAUUUGUAAAAGUUACCUCAAGCUGAUGACAGAACUCUGGCACAAAAGCAGGCCUGGAUCUGUUGUUCCUACUGGUUUAUUUCAAGGAAUUAAAACUGUUAAUCCAAUGUUUCGAGGCUACUCCCAACAGGAUGCACAAGAAUUUUUGCGUUGCCUGAUGGAUUUGCUUCAUGAGGAACUUAAAGAGCCAGUUGUGGAACUGGAAGAUGCCCAGCCCAUGAGCGUUGAAGAGAGUAUGGAAGAAGACAAGAGCCAGUCAGAGCUGAGCUUCCAGCCCUGUGAAUCCUGUGGAAACUGUGAGAAAACAGAAAACGACACCAUUUUCAAACCCGUGUUGGAGGAUCCUGCAGAAACAACCAUGUUAAUUCAGGAGGAUGAGAACAACUCAGUCACAUCCAAAGACUGGCAGAGAGAAAAAAUCCCGAGCAACAAGCUGAAAAGAGCAAAUUCUAUGGAAGACUUGGAAAAAGACACAAACACUGCUUCAGAGACCACUGAAUUCUUAAAUAAUCAGGGAACUGUCAAAGUGCAGAUCCACAGCAGGUUCUCAGAAUACAUCAAUGAUGUUCACAUGAGUGACAUGUCUGCAGCCCAAAGCCCGUCAUCAGUUGAAGGGAUGAACACACGCUUGUCAAACAGUCCUCCAAAAUCAUUCUCAUCCUGCUCUUCGCUGGCACCAGUCCAUAAAAAAGUUUCAGCUGUGUCAUCCCCCAAAAGGAAGAAGCGUAAGAAGUACAGGAGUGUUAUCUCUGAUAUAUUUGAUGGCACCAUCAUCAGCUCAGUCCAGUGCUUGACUUGUGAUCGGCUGUCUGUAACUCUGGAGACCUUUCAGGAUCUGUCCUUGCCUAUUCCAGGAAAGGAAGAUCUUGCUAAACUCCAUUCUGCAAGUCAUCAGACAUCUCUAGUCAAGACAGGGUCCUGUGGAGAAGCCUAUGCCCCCCAGGGGUGGAUAGCCUUUUUUAUGGAAUAUUUCAAAAGAUGUUUCAGGUUUGUUGUCUCAUGUGUUCCUAGCUGGUUUUGGGGUCCAGUUGUAACCUUACAAGAUUGUCUUGCUGCCUUUUUCGCCAGAGAUGAGCUCAAGGGUGAUAACAUGUACAGCUGUGGAAGGUGUAAAAAGUUAAGAAAUGGAGUGAAAUUCUGCAAAGUGCAAAAAUUUCCUGAGAUCUUGUGCAUUCACCUCAAAAGAUUUAGACAUGAACUUAUGUUUUCCACAAAAAUUGGGACCCACGUGUCCUUUCCCUUGGAAGGCCUCGAUCUUCAGCCUUUCCUUGCGAAGGACAGUCCAGCUCAAAUUGUGACUUACGAUCUCCUGUCUGUCAUCUGCCACCAUGGGACUGCCAGCAGUGGACAUUACAUAGCUUACUGUCGCAACAACUUAAAUAACCUGUGGUAUGAAUUUGAUGACCAGAGUGUCACAGAAGUGUCAGAAUCCACAGUGCAAAAUGCAGAAGCCUAUGUUCUCUUCUACAGGAAGAGCAGUGAAGAAGCCCAGAGGGAGAGGAGGAGGAUCUCGAGUCUGCUGAACAUGAUGGAACCGAGUCUGCUGCAGUUCUACGUUUCCAGGCAGUGGUUAAACAAAUUCAAGACUUUUGCAGAGCCAGGACCAAUUUCAAAUAAUGACUUUCUCUGUAUGCAUGGAGGUGUUCCUCCACACAAAGCUAACUUCAUAGAGGACCUGGUUGUAAUGCUACCUCAGAAUAUAUGGGAUAAUCUGUACAGCAGAUAUGGAGGAGGCCCAGCUGUUAACCAUCUGUAUGUUUGUCAUACCUGCCAAAUAGAGUCUGAAAGAAUUGAAAAAAGGAGGAAGAAUGAAUUGGAAAUGUUUAUUCGGGUAAAAAAGUAAACACUUCUCCAUUCUGCUCUUUGACAUCACCCAACAUUGAUGACUUGACCCAGGGCAUUGCCAGAACUGCACAGGAGAUUCCCAUAACAAAUGGGCUUUAUUAAAUAUCUGUACACCUGUACACAAUCCCUUCUUUCCUGAUGGCAGCAGUAAUGUUCUUGUGAUAUCCCAGAGAACUGUUUAUAUGGAAAUCCACUUUUAAUGUGUUUCUUACAUUGCUUUUUUACAGUGUGGAAACAGUGCAGCCACGUGAGCAGCUGUUCUUUAUACACUGCCAGUGGUCUGUUCUAUGCAAUCUGAUAAGGCUUAAGUACAAUAAUACUGUGCCAACACAAAUGUAAUCAUAACCUUUAGUUCUAAUUUUAAAAAAGCCAUUGGGCACAUAAACCUAAGUAGUUCAGUGUGAAGUAAAUAUGGAUCUGUAAAAUUACUGUCAAGGAGCUACUGUAUUUUCCAUGAGUUAGAUGAUUAUGUGCUUGAGUCUGAGUGGUAAAAUAACCAGUGGUAGGGAUUUAUUCUUAACCCAAAAAUGUGCUCUGAAGUUUUCAGUGAAAAUAAGUGCAGAGAUAUUGGAGUCCCAUUUCUGAUAUCUUAAUUCA